AUGAGGUUCUAUACAGCUGUUGCAGCACUGGUCGUUGGCUCUGUGUCAGCGAGAGUCGUCCGGAAACAAGAGUCUGCUGGCACAGAGAAACAAGAAUGGAUCGUCCAAGUGAGCAAAGACACCGCGGUCGCGGAUGUUUUCGCCCAGGCCAAUAGCUUCUUGCGCUCCGCCCAGCCCAUCACUCCAGACCGCACCUACGAGUUCGAUGGUUUCCAUGGUUUCUCAAUCUCCACAUCGGAGUCUGUUCUGGAGAGCCUACAGUCGCAGGGGCUAAUCACCAAGUUCCACCCCAAUAAUGAAAUCUGGCUUGAUCAAGCACCAAUCGAAACACAACAUAAUGCACCUUACAAUUUGGCUCGUAUCAGCAGCCGCGUUCCUGGUACGACAGAGUACAAAUAUCAAGCCGAGCCUGGCAAAGGGACCUUCAUUUACAUCUUCGACACUGGUGUCAACAUCGACCAUGAAGACUUCGAAGGCCGAGCCUAUCACGGUGCCAAUUUCUCUUCCGAUCAAACGCCAGAAGACCUCGACGGCCAUGGAACCUCUGUCGCUGGCUUAGCUGCAGGGCGGCGAUGGGGCGUUGCUAAAGAUGCAACGAUCAUCAAUGUCAAAGUCAUCGGCAGUCUCGGCGGCACAACUGCUGAUAUUCUUUCUGGACUGGAAUGGACGAUUAAUGACGCGCAAUCAAAGAAUCGCAUCGGACGUGCAGUAGCCAAUCUUUCUCUCGGCAGCUUUCGCUCAGAAAUCAUGAACGACGGUGUGGAAGCUAUGGUUCAAGCCGGCAUUUUCGUUGUUGUGGCUGCUGGAAAUAGUAAUGAUGACGCGAGUCUUUACUCGCCCGGGACUGCCGAGGGCGCAUGCAAUAUUGCUUGCUCGAAUGCCACUGAUGGAAGAACAUUCUUCUCGAACUGGGGUUCUGCUAUUGACUUGUUUGGACCUGGAGCUGCUGUUGAGUCGCCGAGUCAUCUCUCGAAUACUGGUACACGAGUCACUUCUGGAACAAGCGAGGCAGCACCUCAGGUUGCAGGUCUGGGGGCGUAUUUGAUUGGUGUGGAAGGCCCGACUUUUGGUGGUGUGCUUUGUGAUCGUAUGAAGGAGUUGGCUACGAGAGAUGUAAUUACUGAUCCGAAGGGAAGCCCCAGCUUGCUGGUUUACAAUGGCGUGGCGUAG